AUUUCUUAUGAUUAAAUUGCACUAUAAAAACUCAAUUGUUUCUUCCAUGUUCUCACUUCACGUGACCUCUGUAGAUGAAUAAUAUCCAAUAACAAAUAACAUAUCCAAAAAUAGCCAAAAUUCAAAAAACAAUUAUUUUGUACAUAUUCUUAAAAAACUUAAUUCCCACGUACGCGUUUAGCUUGCGUGUGGAGUUUUCUCAUUUCAUCUUAAUUCCCCCACUAUUUAAACCCCCACCGCCGCUGUACCACCGCCCACCGCCGCUUUCUAACAUGUCUCCAACUCCGAUUCUUUCCUUCCUCUUUCAACUACUACUACUACUACUACUUGUUCUCCUCCCUGGACGGAAUAUAUUCACACGCGCCGCGGAUGGCAAGUGGGACACGCUCCUGUCGAACAUCGGGAUUUCAGCCAUGCACAUGCAGCUCCUCCACACCGACCACGUCAUCAUGUUCGACCGUACCGAUUUCGGGCUUUCCAACAUCUCCCUUCCCAACGGCAACUGCAUCAAAAACCCUAGAAGCAAGAUCCUGCCGGUCGACUGCACCGCCCACUCCGUCGACUACGACGUCGUUUCCAACUCCAUCCGCCCCCUCACCGUCCUCACCGACGUCUGGUGCUCCUCCGGCGCCGUCACCCCCGACGGAACCCUAGUCCAAACCGGCGGUUUCGACUCCGGCGACCGCGUCGUCAGACUCUACAAACCCUGCCGGAGCAGCAGCAACACCACCACCGCCUGCGACUGGCAGGAAGUCGGCCGCGGCCUCACGGUGAGGCGAUGGUACGCGACCAACCACAUCCUGCCAGAUGGCAGGCAGAUAGUCGUCGGCGGGCGGCGCCAGUACAACUACGAGUUCUACCCGAAAACCUUCGCCGCCGACACGGUGAACAACCUGCCGUUCCUCGUCCAGACUAACGAUGCUAAGAUCGAGAACAAUCUGUACCCGUUCGUCUUCCUCAACGGCGACGGAAACCUCUUCAUCUUCGCCAACAACCGAGCAAUACUCUUCAACUACUUCACCGGGUCGGUUAUCCGAACCUACCCGACGAUCCCCGGCGGCGACCCGAGAAGCUACCCGAGCACCGGCUCCGCCGUAUUGCUCCCGUUAAAACCCAACGCCGCCGGAGCAGAAGUCCUCCUCUGCGGCGGCGCCCCGAAAGGAGCCUUCAUUCGAGCCAACAACCACGACUUCGUACCCGCCCUCGACACGUGCGGCAGGAUCCGAAUAGACGACCCGAAUCCACAAUGGGUCAUGGAGACAAUGCCCGCGGGUCGGGUCAUGGGCGACAUGGUCCUUUUACCGAACGGAGACGUAUUGAUCGUAAACGGGGCCGGGUCAGGCACCGCCGGGUGGGAAUUCGGCGCCGACCCGGCCCUUUCGCCCGUAAUCUACCGACCCGAUAACCCAAUCGGGUCGAGAUUCGCGACCCAGAACCCGAGCUCCACGCCCCGUAUGUACCACUCGACCGCGAUACUUCUCCGCGACGGGCGGGUACUAGUCGGAGGGAGCAAUCCGCAUAAGUUCUACAAUUUUACGGGAGUUUUGUACCCGACCGAUUUAACACUCGAGUCGUUUUCGCCUUCCUAUUUGGAUCCGAAAUUCGGGUACCUAAAACCGCGGGUCGUUUCGCCCGGCCCGCAAACUAAAAUUGGGUACGGGCAGAAGCUUCCGAUCCGGUUCACGAUUCCUCCGGGUAGGUUAAAUAGUACUUCGGUUAUGGUGACAAUGGUGGCUCCGUCUUUUACGACUCACUCGUUUUCGAUGAACCAAAGGCUAUUGGUUCUUACACGCGCGGAUUUGAAACCCGUCGGAAAAUCAACUUACCAAAUACGGGUCGAUACGCCCGGUUCGGGUAAUCUUGCGCCACCCGGGUACUAUAUGCUCUUUGUGGUACAUCAAGAUAUUCCUAGCGAGGGUGUUUGGAUCCAAAUCGGGUGAUGAUUAAUUUGCACCAAGGUGUUUUGUAGAUAUAUAUAUACAUAUAUACAAUACAUUAAUUUUAUUUUAUAUAUAAUACGAUCGAUACAUACAUAUAUAUAUUUUGUUUUUAUUACAAUGUUACACAAUUGUUGUAGAUGCAUAGAAUAAAGGGUUUGUCUUCAUUAAUGUAAAGGAGCAUUCUUGCAAUAAUAUAUAAUAAAAAUUUUUUUUUUU